UACAAUUCGAUUUCAACUGUUCCAUUUUUGAACUGUAUUUGAAAGUGUUUAUUUUUAGAACGUUAUUACAACUCGUUUUUAAUUGUUCCUUAAUUGAACUAUAUUACACAGCUAUGGACCGAACGUGCAAAGUGAUUAUAGUUUGUUAUGUUUGUUGUAUUAUUAUUUUGCUUUUUGAAUUUGGUGAAGCGAACCAAUCUAAAUAUAUAGAUAGACAAAGAAGAUAUUUAAGUUUUGGAAACUUUUCCAAAUUUUUUGUGCGGUUGAACUUCAAAGCGAACAUGGUGCCUUGGACCCAGAUCUUCGCGCAAGCUUUAGGCUUUAGAAUGAACUGGGACGACCCUCCUGACUCCUUUCGCCCCUACCGUCAUCUCAGUCGAAGGGCUGUGUAUGAGAGUAUUGAGAUACUCUUGAACAGAAAUGGUUUAGACGGAUUCCACUGCGUUCGCCGUGCAAUAUGCGAAAUAGACUUAGUUGAACCAAAAUCUAUUUCAUUGAAAAUUCUAAAAAUGAUCUUCAGAAAGCAUUCAUCAACUACGGACAAAUGGCAUGAACACACAAACGAAGACUGCAGGACAUCAAUCAACACGUGCCCUUUCUCCGUGCUCGAUAUAUCUCCAUACACCGAUCUAUAG